AUGUCUGCUCGGAAGUGCGCGGCCCUCUCCCCCGCCUCCGCCUCCAGCCAAGGGAACGACGCCCCUCUGCCCCGAGCCCCCCUGGCCUCGCUGCCGAGAGCCGCCGCCGCCCUCCGCGCUCCGGGGCCGCUCUGUGCCGGAGGCCUUUGCUCGCCAAGGGACGGGCAGGGCGGAGGCAACCGGAAGGCCGGCCGGGGCGAGCCAGCGUCGUACGGCCUGCUGUACAAGGUGGCGGUGCCGCCGGUGGUGAGCGUCAGCCCCCUGCCGCCGGCCUUCAGCGUGGCCUCGCCGCUCCUGCCGCACCCGGGCCUCCCCUACUCGCCCGUCCACUACGCCCAGCUGCCCCCGGCCCCGCUGCACUUCGUGGGCUCGCCCUACUCGCUGCCCUACGCCCUGCCCCCCGGCUUCUUGCCCGGUCCCCUCCUGCCCGCCUCCCGCCUCCCCCAUUUUGUGCCAUAUGCCCCUCUCCUGCUGGAGGAGGCCGGCCCGCCCGCGCACGGCUUUGGCAAGGCCCCUGCCGGCCCCCUUUCCCUGCAGCCCCACGGCGGGGGCGGGGGGACUCAGCCGCUGGAUGUGGGGCAGAGCAGGUUUCCAGUCCAGUAUCAGCUGUCCCAUCUGCCAGCAGGCUACUCGGCAUUUGAGGUUCCGCUUGCUGAUCAGAGCUCGGAGCUCCCACUGCAGGACUCCAAACUCAUCACGGCUAAUGGCGUGGGGAGGCCUGCUGCUGCCGCCGCCGCUGCGGGGACCAAACUGAGUGAGGUGCUGGACAUGGGCAGUGGCAGUGCCGAAGGACAGUUGCCACGGACGACUGCAGAGUCCCCCGCCGACAGUCACUUCUUCACAAGCUGUCAGUCGCUGAGAACAGAAGUUUCGAUGGCGUCUCAGCGGAGUACCCCAGAGACAGACUUGGAAGUGCAGAGGGUGGUGGGUGUGUUUGCUUCUCAGGAUUACCCUGCUUGCUCAGGUCAGCAGAUGGAGGGCUUGAGCCCUCUAAACCUCUCCCAUCGCGAUCUCCUUGAGCAGGGGGAGGAACCGGGGAGGAAUCCCGGCCAAGCUGCAGCCGAGAAAAGCCACCCUCCCAGGCUGUCUGCAAAGUCUCCAGUGGAACUGCUCUACCGUAACCAAAUUCUGCACGGCCUGACGAUGGCCAAUGGCAAGGCAGUCUCAGGGUCCCUCCCGCUGGCCGCUCAGGACGGCCUGGGGAGGGGAAGCCCGGAGGUGCCGGCCCUCGACCGCGCUCCCUCCCGGGGGGGCCACUUGCCCUCCCACUUCGUGAAAGGAGCCAUCAUCCAGCUGGCCACCGGGGAGCUGAAGCGGGUGGAGGACCUGCAGACCCAAGACUUUGUGCGCAGUGCCGAGGUGAGCGGGGGCCUGAAGAUCGACUCCAGCACUGUCGUGGACAUCCAGGAGAGCCCGUGGCAGGGCUUCGUCACCCUGCAUUUUGUGGUUGGGGAGCAACAGAGCAAAGUGAGCAUCGAUGUCCCCCCUGAGCACCCCUUUUUUGUGUACGGACAAGGCUGGUCGUCUUGCAGCCCAGAGCGGACGGCUCGGCUCUUUGCACUCCCCUGCCACCGGCUGCAGGUGGGGGACGUUUGUAUCUCCAUCAGUUUACAGAGCCUGAAUGGCAGGCCUGCUCCUCAGGCCAGCCAGGGAGCCCCCCGAGAGAGGCUCGGGAGGGCCAGCCAGGGCUUCCGAGAGCCGCAAGCCAGAGCUGAGGGGGAAGGCCCCGUGCAGAAGGGGGCUGUGUCACUGGGCCCUUCCCCUGAGUCCCCCCGUCUCGAACCCACCUCUCAACACGGCUGGGCUGGCCCCGGCUUCCAAAAGGUGGGGGAGGAGCCUCGGUCGCCCUUGGUCCGCCCCUCCUUCAUUCCCCAGGAGGUCAAGCUGUCCAUUGAGGGUCGUUCAAAUGCAGGGAAGUGAGGCCCAACCAGUGAGUGGACAGCUGGCCGUGCAGAACAGGGCUUCUGCUUUGCUCCUCAGAGGUGCCUGACACCUCCCGUCGCUGUAUGUCUAAAAUCAUUCCACUGGCAAGAGGGCCCCCCCCCGCCCCACCCCUUGCAGGGGCAGCUGGCUGGCUGCAGGGUAGGCUGUAAUGGGAGCAGUUCUUCUGAUGUGGGGAGAGGACCGGGACCCUAGAGUCCCUCUCUUCAGACAAGCACUUUAAUAGGACACCUGCUGAAGGAUAUGGCAGGUGCCUCCCGGCUGGGGGGGAAACAGGAACGGGCACACACACACACAAGGGGGCUGAUGCAGGAGAGGUCUCGCUCGGGCACAAGCCCCGCUUGCUCCUCUGUCUUAGGGAGGUGCAGGCCUGCCCUGGGCAUUGCAGCAGAUCUCCUCCAGCAAGGAGCAGAGGGAGCUGAGACAAGGAGGGCUGGCCUUCUAGCCUGGGCGGCUCCUCCGGGUUCGCACGACUCUCUUGGAUGGGAGGCCCCCUCCCCACACCAGUGCUGUGCCCUCUUGGCUCCGCAGCCUCUCC